ACGUGGCCCCCGCCUGACCCGGCGCCCGGGGGCGGAGUAGGGCCGAGCGGGCGGCAAACGCAGCACUUUCCGCCGCUUUGACCAGCCCGCAGCGGCCGGGCCCGAGGGCUGAGCCGGGCCGAGACUGCACCAUGCAGGAAGCGCCAGCCGCGCUGCCCACGGAGCCAGGCCCCAGCCCCGUGCCUGCCUUCCUCGGCAAGCUAUGGGCGCUGGUGGGCGAUCCAGGCACCGACCACCUGAUCCGCUGGAGCCCGAGCGGGACCAGUUUCCUCGUCAGCGACCAGAGCCGCUUCGCCAAGGAAGUGCUGCCCCAGUAUUUCAAGCACAGCAACAUGGCGAGCUUCGUGCGCCAACUCAACAUGUACGGUUUUCGGAAGGUGGUGAGCAUCGAGCAGGGCGGCCUGCUCCGGCCAGAGCGCGACCACGUCGAGUUCCAGCACCCGAGCUUCGUGCGCGGCCGCGAGCAGCUCCUGGAGCGCGUGCGGCGCAAGGUGCCCGCGCUGCGGGGCGACGACGGCCGCUGGCGCCCGGAGGACCUGGGCCGGCUGCUGGGCGAGGUGCAGGCUUUGCGGGGCGUACAGGAGAGCACCGAGGCGCGGCUGCGGGAGCUCAGGCAGCAGAACGAGAUCUUGUGGCGGGAGGUGGUGACUCUUCGGCAGAGCCACGGUCAGCAGCACCGGAUCAUCGGCAAGCUGAUCCAGUGUCUCUUUGGGCCACUUCAGGCGGGGCCCAGCAGUGCCGGAGCCAAGAGGAAGCUGUCCCUGAUGCUGGACGAAGGGAGCGCAUGCCCAGCACCUCCCAAAUUCAAUGCCUGCCCCCUACCUGGUGCCCUCCUGCAGGACCCCUACUUUAUCCAGUCGCCCCUCCCAGAGACGACCUUGGGCCUCAGCCCUCACAGGGCCAGGGGCCCCAUCAUCUCUGACAUCCCAGAAGAUUCCCCAUCCCCUGAAGGGACCAGGCUUUCUCCCUCCAGUGGUGGCAGGAGGGAGAAGGGCCUGGCACUGCUCAAAGAAGAGCCGGCCAGUCCAGGGGGGGAUGGCGAGGCCGGGCUGGCCCUGGCCCCAAACGAGUGUGACUUCUGCGUGACAGCCCCCCCACCACUGCCUGUGGCUGUGGUGCAGGCCAUCCUGGAAGGGAAAGGGAGCUUCAGCCCCGAGGGGCCCAGGAGUGCCCAACAGCCUGAGCCAAGGGAUCCCAGGGAGAUAGCUAACAGGACGGGCACUGCAGGCCAACAGCAGCUCUCUGUGCACAGGGGGCCUCUGGGCCUGGAGAGGGGGGACCGAAGCCCAGACAGUCUGCUGGCUCCACUGCUGCUUCGGCCCCCACCAGAAAGUGUGGAGCCUGCAGGGCCCCUGGAUGUGCUGGGCCCCAGCCUCCAAGGGCGAGAAUGGACCCUGAUGGACUUGGACAUGGAGCUGUCCCUGAUGCAGCCCUUGGUUCCAGAGAGGGGUGAGCCUGAGCUGGCAGUCAAGGGGUUACAUUCUCCAGGCCCAGCGACAUCCCCUGAGUUCACUGCCCUGCAGAGUGCUACUUUGAGCCACCCAUCCCCUCACCAUUGGCUGAGAGUGGGGAGGUUGAGAAUGGAAUGGAUGUUUCAACCUGAGCAGAAGGCAGGCGGGCAGGGCUCUCCUUCCCUAAAGAAAGGAGGGGGACCCUUUCCUCUCUGCUGAGCACAGCCCCAUUUCUCCUAGGGAAGGACCCCACGCUCGGGGCCCCACUCCUGCUGGAUGUCCAGGCUGCUUUGGGAGGCCCAGCCCUUGGCCUGCCUGGGGCUUUAACCA